AGCUGAAGGAAUCUGUUGAAGAAAUACUGCCAUUCUUGAAGAAAGAAAAAGUUAAAGUUUACUAUUUAAGCAAGACAACUGCUACAGAAGGAGUUGAGAGCUUUCUUGAUAAAGUAGAUGCUGCUUCAGAUGAGUCUACUCCAUUGUCUUGGAGAUCAGAUAUAACCUUUAAAACUCCUGCCAUGUACAUUUAUACUUCUGGUACUACAGGUCUUCCCAAAGCUGCAGUGAUUAACCAUGAACGCAUAAUGCUAGCUUGUGGUUUGUUUGAUGCUGGCAAUGUUACCUCAGAAGAUAUUGUAUAUACUGUUCUACCACUCUAUCAUAGCUCUGCCCUCCUCGUUGGGGUCCAUGGGUGUAUCAUGAAAGGCGCAACUAUUGUUUUGCGUACCAGAUUUUCAGCAAGCCAGUUCUGGGAUGAUUGCAGAAAAUAUAACGUAACAGUGAUACAGUAUAUUGGGGAAGUGCUUCGGUAUCUAUGCACUGUGCCACAGAGAAGCAAUGAUCAGGAUCACAAAGUCAGACUUGCCAUAGGAAAUGGAAUAAGGGCUGAUGUUUGGAGGGAAUUUAUCCGAAGAUUUGGAAAUAUUAAUAUUUUGGAGUUCUAUGCAUCAACUGAAGGAAACAUUUCUUUUGUUAAUUACACUGGAAAAAUUGGUGCAGUGGGAAGAGUAAACUGCCUGCAGAAGAAAAUCUUAUGCUAUGAACUCAUUAAAUAUGACGUGGAGAAAGAUGAACCACUCCGAGAUGAAAAUGGAUACUGCAUAAGAGUUCCCAAAGGUAAACCUGGACUACUGAUCUGCAAAAUCACCCAAUAUGCACCAUUUACUGGCUAUGCAGGAGCAAAACAACAAACAGAGAAGAAGCAAUUAAGAGAUGUCUUCGAAAAAGGGGAUUUGUAUUUUAAUAGUGGUGACCUUUUAGUGAUCGACAAUGAUAACUUCAUUUAUUUCCAUGAUCGAACUGGAGACACAUUCCGGUGGAAGGGGGAAAACGUUUCUACAACGGAAGUUGCAGAUGUUUUAGGACUGAUUGACUGCGUUCAAGACGUUAUUGUAUAUGGAGUAUCUGUUCCAGGUUAUGAAGGCAGAACAGGAAUGGCAUGUAUUCGGCUAAAGGAAAACUGUGAAUUUAAUGGAGAAAGUACUUACAGACAUAUUAACACUCACCUUCCAAACUACGCAAGACCUCGUUUUAUAAGGAUUAAGAGUGCGAUUGAACUUACAGCAACUUUUAAGUACUGUAAAGUACAACUAGUGGAGGAGGGUUUCAAUCCAGCAGUCGUCAAAGAUCACCUGUAUUUCCUGGAUGACAAAGAAAACCUGUAUGUACAAAUGACCCAGGACAUUUAUAACUCAGUAAAAAACCAUGACUUCAAAUUGUGA